AAAGGAUGUGCAAGAAAUUGUUCUUGUUCUCAAAACCAAUUUUCUAGAAUUAAGGAUCAAGCAAUAUCACAGUAAAUCUGAUCCAGCAGAAAAGGCUCAUGACUUUAGUAAUGUAGAAGAAUCAUGA